UCCGUCCGGACGCUCGGGUGGAGGACACAUAGCAUGAUCAUGAAUAGUUGGCCCAUAGGCUGCGUUCGUUGUGUCGCUCCACAUUUUCAUUACGUGCGUUCUUUGAAACCCUGAAAACAACAAGCAUGGCACACGUGCUCAGGGGCAGCCAGCUUCAAGGCACUAACUGUCGCGCUCGUGAAGUGUCUGCUUUUCACGCAACGUUUCGGAAUGUGGUAGUUCCUCACACGACUAGAUCAUCCGUGCCCACCGUGCACCUUUCACCGAGACCAGCCCCUUCUGCUCGUCGCUCGACACUUCAUGCGGCAUCGACUGUAGAGGCACAUACAUCUAGCGACAAGAACGCACCUAUGGCGGUAUCACAGAUCGGCCUUGUUGGCCUUGCGGUCAUGGGACAGAACAUGGCGCUAAACGUUGCCGAGAAGGGCUUCCCCAUCUCGGUCUACAACCGCACCUACGAAAAGACUGAGGCGGCAGUAAAACGUGCCCAGAAAGAGGGUCUCGGUGACAAGCUCCGAGGCUAUGAGACAGUGAAAGACUUCGUUGCCAGCUUGCAAAGGCCAAGGCGUGUCAUCAUCCUCGUCAAGGCUGGCUCCGCGGUUGACCAAACCAUCGAUGCUCUCUGCGAGCACAUGGAGCCCGGUGACAUUAUCAUCGAUGGCGGCAACGAGUGGUACGAGAACACGGAGCGGCGCAUGGCCCGUGUGGCCCAGAAGGGGCUGCUGUACAUGGGCAUGGGCGUGUCGGGCGGAGAGGAGGGCGCGCGCAGGGGCCCCUCCAUGAUGCCCGGCGGCAGUCCCGAGGCCUACUCGCACAUCCAGCCCAUCGUGGAGAAGGUGGCGGCGCAGGUUGACGACGGCCCCUGCGUGAUGUACAUCGGCGGGGGCGGGGCGGGCAACUUCGUCAAGAUGGUGCACAACGGCAUCGAGUACGGAGACAUGCAGCUCAUCAGCGAGGCGUACGACGUGUUGAAGACGCUGGGCGGGCUAGACAACGAGGAGCUGGCGGCGGUGUUCAGGGAGUGGAACCAGGGCGAGCUCAAGUCCUUCCUGGUUGAGAUCAGCUCGCUCAUCCUGAACAAGCGGGACGACCAGCCCGGCGCGGCGGGCUACCUGGUGGACAAGAUCGUGGACCAGACGGGGGCCAAGGGAACGGGCAAGUGGACGGUGCAGCAGGCUGCGGAGCUGGCGGUUGCUGCCCCCACCAUGGCCUCCGCGCUGGACGCCAGGUACAUGAGCGCACUCAAGGGGGAGCGGGUGGAGGCGGCGAAGGUGUUUUCCUCCUGCGUGUCGCCCGCCCCCGUGCCCGCCGCUGACAAGGCCCAGCUGGUGGCCGACGUGCGCGCCGCGCUGUACGCCUCCAAGAUCUGCUCCUACGCGCAGGGCAUGAACGUGAUCAAGGCCAAGUCGCAGGAGCAGCGCUGGGACAUUGACCUGGGGGGCCUGGCGCGCAUCUGGAAGGGCGGCUGCAUCAUCCGCGCCCAGUUCCUGGACCGCAUCCGCGCCGCCUACUCGCGCAACCCGCAGCUGCCCUCACUGCUGGUGGACCCGGACUUCGCGACCGAGCUGGCGGCGGCGGAGGGCGCGUGGCGGCGGGUGGCGGCGCUGGCGGUGUCGCGGGGGGUGCCGCUGCCCGCCAUGACGGCCUCGCUGUCGUACUUUGACACAUACCGCAGGGACCGGCUGCCCGCCAACUUGGUUCAGGCCCAGCGCGACUUCUUCGGCAGUCACACCUACCAGCGGGUGGACCGGGAGGGGUGGUUCCACACGGUGUGGGACGAGAGCUUCGGGUCCGCCGACUCCAUCACCACCAGCGGAUACGUGGU